AUGCCCAGCAAGAUCGGUAAAACAAGACCCAACCAUGGAUCCAACCAUGGACCCAAGCACUCUAGCUCACUUCAAUCAUUAAGCGACUACAUUGCUUCUGCUAGUUCAUCUGUAGAUAAUGAGCCCAAUUUGACAAAUAAUCUCAACCCUACUCACAAUUGCUCUACUAGUGUUGACACUAGAUUGUACCCAACUAUUGAUCCAAUAGCUGAUGAAGAAUUGGCCGCUAAAACUAAUAGUAUGAGCAUGAGUAACCAAGACAACAUUGAAUUGUUGGAUAAUGAGCUGACUAAUAACCUCAACAUACAAGACAUGUCAGUUGAUGAAAUUGUUGGUAAAACUUUUCUCAAACACAAUAAUGCUAAACUAGAUACAAACAGAACUCUUCUUGACACUGAUCAGAUUUUAGAAAUUGUAUCUGUUAUUGCUAGCCCACACAACCCUAUGACCUUAAAUUUCCAACAUGUUGUAAAAGCCACUCUCAGAAUACUCUCUGAUGACAUUAAAUACGAAAUCACCACAGAAAGAAAGGCUUUUAAAAACCAUAAGGACAGAAAACAUGUUUGGGAGUUAUGGAAGGAAAGAAUGAAGAAUAUUAACAAACUAUUAUCUGAGAACAAGAAAAGUAGUAAUGUCCAACAAGACAAUGAAGAAUUCAACAUCAAUGACAUAGCAGUGAAGGAAAUCACUCCUCCCAGAUAUAUUGCUGACAAACUUAGUGGCAAAUAUGUCACCAUCAAUCCGAUUAUUAAGCUCAAUAAUACCAUAAUUGUCACUAUUGAAGAUUGCGCUCAAGUAGAACAGGCAGUUGAAACAUUACGUACAAAAUUUAAAGAAGUCAAUAUCACUUCAUCAUGUGAAAACGACACCAACAAAAUUAUACGUGUCCAUAAUAUUCCAAUAGGAGAACUAUGGAAAACUACAGUCAAGGCAGAUUGGAGGAAUGCUAUUGAAAGCGAUACUGGUGAACCCAUUGUUGAAAUUGCUACAGCUAGAAUUGGUAAAGAAAUGGCAGCAGUGAUCACUGUCAAAAGUAUGAAAGCCAGAAAUAAUCUAUGUAAGGCAAAAACAUAUGAUAUCACUAUUCCUAGAACAGAGGAAACAGUCACUAUGAAAAUCGACAUACCAUUCAACUAUGCAAUGGAUGUGCAAUACUCUGACAUCAUUGGUAGAUGGCCUGAAAGAAAUGAUUUGAUUAGAGCUAGAAUACAAACGGAAUCCUCUCUUGCCAGAAAAUACAAUAAUGACCAACCUGUAUCCAUACUUAUCAUCAAUCAAGAGAAGAGAAUAUGUUUGAUUAGACUCAACAAUCUAUCUAAUGCCAUCAGAUUGGUAAACCAUGCUGCAUAUGGAAUGAAUGAAUGGACAUUGGAUUUUGCUCUCAAUUAUCCAAUUCUAGAAGAUUUCCUGGAAAAGAAACCUGAUACAGUUCACAAAAUUUCACAAAAUUUAGGCAGAUCUUCUAAAAUUGCAGCGAAAGACGUUUCCUUUACUCUUGAAAAAGUGCAACAAGAUCACCUAAAAGAAAUCAAGAGAAUUGAAGCUUCUAUGGAUAAAAGAAUUGCAGAACUUGAGGCAAGACAGAAUCAGAAAUUGGCUAUGGGAUUUAAGGAAAUGGCUAAUAUUAUCAGAGCAAAUAAUGAAGAAUUAAUGAUUACCAAUAGAAUUGCUACUCUAACAUUUCUGUCUGGUUGUACAAAAGAUAAUACCAAGAGGAAGAUAUAUCAAGAGGAAAUUGAUGAGUGUCACAAAAAGCUAAAACUACUUGAUUCACUUCAAGCAGAACCAUUAUCAGCCCUAAGAGGCUACCUCAACUCAAUCACUCCUGAUAUAAUCAUGCUCCAGGAAGUUAAAAGCGUCUACAUUGGUCCAGAUUUUCCCUCUAUAUAUUAUUCUUCAUUUACAUAUUAUCACAAUCCAAGAGAUUCCUGUGGUGUAUCUAUUUGCCUCAACAAAAGCACUUUCAAAGAUAUUGAAGAAAUCAUCUUAGAUCCGAUCAUUAAGAAUAACGCGCGAAUUAUUGGCGUGAAAUGUAAAAUCAAUUCAAUUAAUACUCUAGUAAUUUCUGCGUACUUUCCAAAUCAACCAGCUGACAGAUGUGAAUUCACAUAUAUUCUUGACAACCUAAUUGAAAAAUAUCCUAACUACAAAAUCAUUAUUGGAGGUGAUUACAAUGCGAUUUUAUCCGAGAAUCACUCCUCAAACGAAUCUAGAAGAACUGAUCAAAACAUACUAGAUCUUAUUAACAAGAGAAAUCUUAAUUACUAUCCUUUCCCUCAUUUAUCAUGGCACCUUCAUUAUACUAUUAACAAACAAUCCAAGUCUAUAAUAGAUUACAUAUCCACAGAUUUUCCAAUUGCAUCUGGAGAAGUACUGAAUGCCAACUUCAUAUCAGAUCACAAAAUGGUUAAAAUUCUACUUGACCUCUCAUGUCAACGAACACCUUUGUUAAUUCGGAAGAAGCGUAACUUUCAAGAUCCCAAAAAUAAGAAAGAAGUGCUGGCCAUUAGCAAAGAAUGUGUAUCUCAAGUUAAGAAUUUAGAAUCUGAUAACGACAAAUGGCGUUUCAUUUGUGAUAAACUAGGCGACAAAUUUGUGGAGGUCAAUCCACCUAAACUUGAUCCUAAAAUCUACAAAUAUAAUAAGCAAUAUAAGAAGCUCAUGUUAAUACUUGAUAGAAAUGAGCACGGAUAUCCUUGUGACAAACUUUUGACCACUAUUGGUAAAACUUUAGAACAGGUUCCAAAAUGUCUUGCAAGUGUCAAAGAGAAAAUCAAGAACCAUAUCAAAUGGAGCCAUGAUAAGGCUUUGAACAGAAAGAUGAAAUGGUGGGAACAAAACUAUGCAACCAACUCUAAACAUCUGAGAAAGAAAAUUUACAAAACGUCAUCACCACCAUACAAAUUAUCUAUCGAAGGAACUGAAAUUAGUGACCCCAAUGAAGUUGCCAAUGUGAUCAAGGACAAAUAUCAACAAAACCUCAACUUUAGAGGAAGAAAUCAUCAAAUUGACAUUACCAAGUUUUUCAAGUACAAACAUCCAUUAAUUGAUAAUUGCAAUGACAAAAUACUCGGUAGAAUUACCACGGAAGAGAAAGAAUGGAUAAUUCAGAAUUUGAAAUCCACAGCACCCAAUGAACUAGGUUUAAGACAAAAAACUAUCAAAUACAUGUGUAAGGAAUUACAGGAGGAAAUUUUAUAA